AUGAAGACAACCUCAGCGAAUACGAAGAAGCGAUCCAGCUCAGUGAAGACGAGCUCAGUGAAGUGUCCAAAGUCCGAGGAUUCACAACACUUUAGUGUUACACUCCACCAUGGGGGUGAAUUUUACAGGGUUUUUGAAGAAGAAAUUAUAUACAGAGGGGGUACGGAUACGACAGUUAAUGGGAUACAUGUUUCAAAUUGGAACAUGGAUAACAUUGAGAAGUUGUUGAGUAGGUUAGGGUAUAAGGCUGAUUGUGUUAGGGUAUGGACAAAAGUUUUAGAAAUUCAAGAUGGUUUUUUUCUGAUUAGGAAAGAUGAUGAUGCUGUUGAUGAUUUUGCUCUAUACUUUAGUGCAAUGAAUGUGAAAGGAGAUUUGUAUGUUGAACAUAGUACUGGGAACAUGGACCCUGCUGAUAGGGAACCUAAAUGUGUGAAUGAUGAUGACCACCCCCCUGAUAAUGGAAUUGUAAUGUUAGAUGAGGAGAAGGUAGAGGGGUUAGAUGACAGUGAAGAUGAAAGAGCUACUGCUUACUUUGAUGGUUUUGAAGGAAUAGAUGUUACUAAGCCUAUUAGGGAGGAGCCCAAUAACAGUAUGGAGGAGCCCAAUAAGAGUAUGGAUUCAGAUGAUGUAUACUAUAGUGAUGAGUUGAAUAGUUCUGACCCAGAUGAUUCUUGUGAUGAAGAAAGGCCCAAGUAUGCUAGGUUUAGGAAAGAGCAUCUAAACAAAGACUUUAUAUUCAAGUGGGGUAUGGAAUUCAACACACUUGAUGACUUUAGGGCAGCUAUCCGUGAGUGGUCAGUGCUUAAUGGGAGGGAAAUUUCUUUUGUGAAAAAUGAGGGAGAUAGGGUAAGGGUGGUGUGUAAGCAUAAAUGUGGGUUUUUAGUCUUAUGCUCUAAGGUGGGCCACAAGGAGACUUUUGCUAUAAAAACACUUGUACAUAAGCACACAUGUGCUAGGGUUUUGAACAACAAGUCUGCUAGCUCAAAGUGGGUGGCCAAGCAUGUGGUAAAGAGGAUGCAAACUUCUGAUACAGUCAGGAUAAGAGACAUCAUCCAAGAUAUGAGGCAAACAUAUUCUGUGGGUAUUACUGUUGCAAAAGCAUGGAGGGCUAAGCUAAUUGCCAAGAAGAUAAUUGAAGGUGAUGCUGACAAUCAGUAUGCUUCCAUAUGGAGGUAUGCAGAAGAACUAAGAAGGGUAAACCAUGGCAACACUGUGAAGAUAAAUGUAGAAAGACCUAGUCCAUCCAUACAACCAAGGUUUGGGUCAUUUUAUUUCUGUUUUGAUGGCUGUAAGAAAGGCUUUAUUCAUGGAUGCAGACCAUUUGUGGGGGUUGAUGGAUGUCACUUAAAGACCAAGUAUGGUGGACAGUUACUUAUUGCUGUAGGCAGGGAUGCUAAUGAUCAAUACUUCCCUUUGGCAUUUGGUGUGGUUGAAAAUGAAACAAAGGAGAGUUGGAGAUGGUUUAUACAACUACUAAUGGAGGACAUUGGUCAGGAUAGAAGAUAUGUAUUUAUCUCUGAUCAACAGAAGGGACUUGUGGCUGUAUUUGAAGAAUUGUCUGAUACUAUUGAGCAUAGAUUAUGUCUUAGGCACUUGUAUGCUAAUUUCAAGAAAAGGUUUGGUGGAGGAGCCCUUAUUAGAGAUUUAAUGAUGGGAGCUGCUAAAGCCACAUACUAUCAGGCAUGGGUCCAAAAGAUGAAUGAAUUGAAGAAUGCAGAUCCCAAUGCUUGGACUUGGUUGAUGGUUGUUCCUACCAAAAGCUGGUGUAAGCAUGCCUUUUCUUUUUACCCUAAAUGUGAUACAUUGAUGAAUAAUAUCUCAGAGUCUUUUAAUGCUACCAUUCUAGCUGCUAGGGACAAACCUAUACUCACAAUGUGUGAGUGGAUAAGAAAAUAUCUGAUGAAUAGGUUAUCCACCUCUGCAAGUAAACUAGAAAAUUGGCCACAUAAGGUUACACAUAGUUACAACACACAUGAAUUUAUUGUUGACAUUGCUAAAAGGUCAUGUAGUUGUAAUUUUUGGGAAUUAGUAGGAAUUCCAUGUAGGCAUGCUGUAGCUGCUCUGAGUUAUAGAAAGCAAAACCCUGAUGAAUUUGUUGAUGCUUGUUACACAAGAGAAAAGUUUGCACUAUGUUAUGGAUUUUCAGUAAGUCCAAUCAAUGGUCAAGAUAUGUGGCCAGAAGUUGAGAUGGAACCACCUCUACCACCUGCAUAUAAAAAUGGUCCUGGUAGACCUAAGAAGAUUAGGAUAAGAGAAAGUGGAGAGGAUGGUGCAAGGAAGAGAAGAUCUGGUGUUGCAUAUAAGUGCACCAAAUGUGAUAAUUUUGGUCACAAUGCUAUGACUUGUAAGGCUACCACUCAGGAUCCCAAUGCACUUAAAAGAAAGGUAAUUCAUUGUGAUAUACAUUUUGUCUUACAUUCUACAUUCUGUCUUACAUUCUUCAUUGUGAUAUGCAUUGUGAUGACAACCAUACAUUGUGUCUUACAUUGUUGA